UUCCAGCAAAUUUUAGUUGUCUCCAAUGUUGGAUCUCUUUUCCUUAGUAUUGUUUUCUCUACUUCACUCACUCACUGGAAUCUCAAAUUCAAACAUCACAUGUUCUAUUCUAUGAUGUUUAUUUUUACAACUAAGAAGAAAGAACAAGAACCUUAAUUAUUAUAGUUCAACACCAACGUAUCUUUUCUCUAUGUUUUGAUUACAUAUUUUGUAACGUUUAUUACACUAUUUACUAUUAUCUUUGACUUGGCUUCUUCCUUGUUUGCUACACCUUUGCAAGUGGCUUUUUCUUUUCUCUUUCUUUCUUUUUAGUUUUUUUUUUUUUUUUUUUUUAUAUAUAUAUUUUGUGAAAGCCUUGCUUUAUGGGAGUUUCUCUUCUCUAUUCCUACUUGCAACCUUUUUCUUUGUUUUGUUGAAUAUACAUAUAUUUUUGCACAAGAAAGUAGAAAAACCCUUGUCUUGAAAUAUUUGUUUUUUAAUCUAAAUCAACUUUUGUGAUGUUUUAUUCCUAUGAAUGCUGAUCAAAAUCUCAGGAUGUGAUGGCUUUUGGUUUCUGUGCUUGGAGUUCCUUCAUCUGGUUAAGCAGCAUCUUUUCUUCAUAUAGGAAAUUGAUUAUGAGCUGUUAAGAGGAUUUUGUAGAACAAAGAAGGGUAAAAAGAGAAGCAUUUGCUUUUGAAUGAUCUAUUAUGACUAAUAAAAAAGCAUUACCAGUUCCAAAUUUUGGUAGUGACUUUUACUUUAGUUACCACAAAUCUCCUUCACAAAAAAUGAGAAUUCUAGAGUUGUUACCACACUCCGAUGGCAACGGUUCUUCGACGGAAGAAGAACCUUUACCUCAGGAUGCAGAUUAUAAUCUCAGUCUCAGCGACGAGCUAGAGACAUCGAUCUUGGCGAGAUUUCCAAGAUCACAACAUUGGAAACUAUCUUUUCUAAACAAGAGAUUUUUAACUCUGAUGAAAAGUGGCGAGAUCUAUAAAAUACGGAAAGAGUUAGGACUUAAAGAACCAUCCGUUUUCAUGUUAGCUAGCGGCGAAAGCAAUUGGUGGGGUAUGGAAUGGCCUUUCAAAUCAAGCAGGAAGCUUCCAAGGAUUCAAUCAGAUUACAGCUUUGAAUUUGGUGAUAAAGAAUCAUUUUCGGCAGGGUCAGAGUUAUUUGUUUCGGGCAAAGAAUUUGACGGACCUGUUCUUUGGCGAUAUGAUUCGGAUACUAAUGAAUGGUUCAAAGGUCCAUUCAUGAUUAAUCCUAGGUGCCUAUUUGCUUCAGCUAGUUCUGGUAAUUUUGCUUUUGUUGCAGGUGGUUUGGAAACAAACACCUAUAGCGAAAUAUUGGAUACUGCUGAGAAAUAUGAUUCGAAAACGAAAACUUGGAAACCUUUACCGAAGAUGAAUUCAAAGAGAAAAUUUUGUUCGGGAUGUUACAUGGACAAGAGAUUCUAUGUUAUUGGUGGACAGGACGAGAAUCGAAAGGAUCUCAUUUCCUGUGAGUUUUUCGACGAAGAAACAAACACAUGGAAUUUGAUUCCUGAUAUGUUGAAAGACAUUCCACUUUUGGAUUCGCAGUCUCCCCCUCUAAUAGCUGUUGUUAAUAAUGACCUUUAUACACUCGAUGCUUCGACUAAUGAGCUAAAAGUGUAUUUGAAAGGGAUCAAUAACUGGAAAAAGUUAGGCGUUGCGCCUGUAAGAGCCGAUGCACAAGGUGGCUGGGGUGUCGCAUUUAAAUCACUUGGUGAUGAGUUACUUGUUAUUGGUGCACCUUCUGUUUCGCAUAAAGAACGAGCUUUGGCGAUUUAUACUUGUUGUCCUGAUCCUGAGGGUGAGAAAUUGAAAUGGAAGCAAAUUGAUUGUGGAAGUGUUCAGCUUAAUCAUUUCAUUAGGAACUGUGCUGUGAUGAUGGGAAGUACUUGAACAACGAGAGAAGUUGGUCGAAUUCGGGCACAAACACUUCAGAUCGAAGAUGUGUCUAUGUUUGUAUCACAGCUUUAGGUUGAAAGAUGAAGUCAAUCUCAAAAUAAAACUUGGAAGGUUUAUUUAGUUUAAUGUGGAGGUGUAUUUAGAUGAAGCUUAUGUGUUUUAUUUGAUCUUUGUUUUUAAUGUUUUAUUUUGUCCCUUGUCUUUCUGACAUAACUUGUUAGGAAGAAUGUGUUGAAAUGUUUUGUUCCUUUGCAUAUGACAGGGGGGUGAAAAAGGUAAUUAAGUUACUAAUGUUGUUGAUGAAUUAAAUCAGAUAAUGAUCCUCUGCUAAAAUUCCAUACAUUAUUCUGAUACAUUUGAUUUGGUUAUUUAUGUCAA